UAUUUGAAAACCUCACAUGGUUUGAAUUAUGUUUUGUUGCAAAAGAUUGUCUCCGCUGAUGAGGACUGCAAGUGGUACCUGGACAGAAACAAUUCCUUUCAUCCUGGCUUCGACUGCUACAUUCCCAAAUUCUGCUGCGGGGACUGCUAUAAUCGAUACUGCUGUAUGGACUUCAGGAAUCGCUUCACGGAGUGGCAGCAAAACCGCUGCAGAACAUUUGGCCCCAGAACAAUUGCUGGCAUCGCUUCAGCUGUGAUACUCUUUGUGGCCAUUGUUGCCACCAUUGUCUGCUGUUUCCUGUGCUCCUGUUGCUAUUUGUAUCAACGGAGGCAUCACAUUCAGACUCCUUAUCAAGGUCAGGAGAUCCCACUGUCUGGGUACCCACCACAGCCUCCAGUUGCUUAUCCUAUGGAUCCCAAAGCAGGACCAGCACCAUUUCAUCCUGGAUAUGCACCUGUGGCUGGCUACCCCCCUACAUUUCCAGCUGCACAGUACCCUCUGUAUCCACCUGGGCCACCAUACUACAACCCUUCAGCUCCUCCACCCUACAUCCCACCACAGCCAUCACAGCCCAGCACCUGAGGAAGACCU